AUGACGGAACAGCUUCACCUGACCUCCACCCUCAGCUUCUGUCCUCUUCACCUGACCUCCACCUUUACCUUCUACAGCAGAACAGCUUCACCUGACCUCCACCCUUACCUUCUGUCCAUCUGUAUGCACGGCGGCUCCUUCACGGGGAACAGACUGCGAGGGAAGCGGGCCAAGUGGAAGAGUAUGGAGCUGGAGCUGAAGCUGAAGCUGAAGCUGAAGCUGGAGCUGGAGCUGGAGCUGGAGCCUCUUUAUGAUGCAGGGCGCUUGCCGUGUUCCAGGAAAAGGAUUAGCGAGGUGUACCAUGGUUCUGGCAGCGCUCCCGCUCACCCCCCGUCCGCACCGCCCUACGCCCUCCUCCCCCCUGCAUCAUCUCCCCCCCCGCCCCCGCCUCCACAUUUCGCAUCCCCCGCCCCCUCUACCCCCCCACCCUCUCUCCCCACCCUCCCGCCCCCGCCCCACGGACCACCCUCUCCCCCUUCCCCCCUGCCCCUCCAACUCCUCUACCCCCUCCCCCUCCCCCCUUACCUCCCUCCGCCUACCAUCUCCCCGGUCCUCUGCCCCCCCCGACCCCCCACCCCACGCCCCGUCCCUACCCCCCCCCUGCUCGGCCCCCCCCCCCCCCCCUUCUCCCCCUCCCCCCCACCCUUCCCCCCUCCCUCCCCCCCUCUCCCCCCCUCUCCUCCCCCCCCCCUCACCGUCGGUCUUCCCCCCCCCCCCCCCCCCCCUCCUCCUUACUCCGUUUCCGCCACCCCCCCGCUCGGCCCCCCUGCCCCCUCCCACUCAGCUACCGCCCUCUCCUCCCCCUCCCCCGCUCCCCCCGUACCCUCCCCCCUCCUCUCCUCCCCGCCUCCCCCUUCUACCCCCCCCCACCCGUCGCCCCCCGCCUCUGCCCCCCCCCCACCCCCUUCCCCCCCCAUCCCGUCCCUCCUUCCCCUCCCCCUCGGCCCCCCCCCCACCUCCCCCCCCCCCCCCACCCCCCCCCCUCCGCCCCCCCCUCCCUCGUCACCUCCCCAUACAUUCUCCACCCUCCCCCCCCUCCCGCCGCCCCAGCCCCCCGCCCCCCCCCGUAUCCCAGCACACCCCCUCCCCCCCUCCAUGCCCUGCCUGCCCCCCCCCCCCUCCACCCCUUUCCCCCCCCCCCGCGCCUCCCCUCCACCCCCCCCCCCGCCCCGCGCUCCCUCCCGCGAUCCCGUCCCCCCCUACCCCCACCCCCGUCUCCUCCUCCCCACGCGCCCCCUCGUCCCCCCCCCUCCCCGGGGCGUCCCCCCCCCCUGCGCUCCCCCCACCCCCACCUCCUACCCCCCCCCCCCCGCUCCCCGCCCCCCACGCCCCAUCCCUUCGCCCCCACCCCUCCGCCCCUAUCCCUCCACCCCACCUCCCCCACCCACUCCCUUCCCACCCCCCUCCUCCCCCCCACCUCCCUCCACCCCCCCCCCCGGCCCACCCGUCACACUAACGCCUUCCUAG